UUAAGUACAUGUCAUAGUAAAGUUUUAGAUCAAUUUAUUUUGCAAAUUUACUUAACGUCAUGUCGUUGUACUCGUAAAGAAAACAAGAAUGGAGUGGAUAAUACGCGUUGAUUUCGCAGGGCUAUUUCCAUGGAAAGGAUUUUCCGUCUGGAUUAUACGGGUACUGUGGUUUGCGUUAGUGCGUAGGAACGCCUGUUAUAAUGUAGACACAGAACAACCGUUGAUUUUUGUUGGAAAAUCUGAUUCUUAUUUUGGAACAACUGCUGAAAUUGUUGCCGAUUCCCAAAAAUGGAUUCUCGUUGGUGCAACAAAAGACAAUUUCACCGAAAGACCAGAGAUCCCAUUUCCUGGCAAUGUGUACGCAUGCCCAGUUGAUUUUCUUAACGUCGAAUCAAAUUGCACAGUUCUACCCAAUUUAAGAACACCAGAAACUAAUGCUAAUGAAUCAGCUGGCGUUUUUGAAGAAGCAGAUCAAAUGUUGGGGGCCAGUAUAAUUGUCCCGGAGGAUUCGACGAAACCUAUCAAGAUUUGUGCCCCAAACUGGAAGAAUUUGCGUUUCUUUAAACCAGGUGAUGACAACUCGUACCAAGUGACCGGAAAUUGUUUUGUUUUGAAUGACAGAUCAGAUCUAAUAAACACCGCCAAGAUCCACAGAUUCCGGAUACCUCAGGAUGACCUUGAUUUCUACAAAGCACCUCUUAUAGGGUUUUCCAUUUCCGACACAAAGAUACCAGUUUUUGACACCCUUUAUGGCGCCCCUAAUACUGGAAGGAGUUCCACAGGGGGUCUAUUGGCAAAGAAUGACGGGCUUAUACCAAACGCAAGAAGUAUGAAAUUAGAAGUAGAGAGAUCAAAGGUCAUACAGGACACUUAUUUAACUGGGUCACUAUUUGGAUACAGUAUCGCACCCGGUAAUUUAGGAGGCGUUUCGACACAAUCAAGAUCUUUUUAUUUUGUUGUUGGCGCUCCUGGAUUCAGCAACAAGAAUGGAGUUAUUGGCGCUUUUUCAGUGUUGCAAUUCGGAACCUUUUCACAAGUCAAACAGAUUGAAGGAAUGCAGGUUGGAGGUGGAUUUGGUCAGACACUCUGUAUUGCUGAUGUAAAUGGUGAUAAUAAUGAUGAGAUCCUGGUCGCGGCACCAAAUUGGUUUUCUGUGGGUGACCAAGGAAAUCAAGUGACCUAUGACGUCGGAGCCGUCUACGUAUAUUAUGGCACUGGAUCGUCUUCGAUAAUUGAAGACACAGCACAAGAGAUACGUGGUUCCGUUGUACGAUUUUCAAGAUUCGGAACUGCAAUUGCUAAUAUUGGAGAUAUAAACAAAGAUGGAUACAAUGAUAUAGCUAUUGGAGCACCAUUUGAGAACACCAAGGGAGCUGUCUAUAUUUUCAAUGGCGGAAGGACUAGAUUAGAAGACGUUUACUCACAGAAAAUAACAGGAUCCAAUAUAAAGCCAGGUCUUCAAGGAUUUGGAUGGUAUAUAUCAAGAACAGCAAAGGAUUUAGAUGACAAUAUGUAUAAUGAUUUCGUUGUUGGAGCAUACAGGUCAGACACUGCUAUAUUAUUGAGGACUAGAAAUAUUGUUGAUGUCAACUGUGAAAUUUCAUACAAACCAGAACCAAUCCCUCUGAACUCCAGUGGAACAUUCUGCCAUGCAGACAGUGAUUUUAACCCUUGUUUCAAUGUAUCAGUUUGCUUCAAUUUCACUGGAGAAGGAAUUAACAAUACGAAAAUUGAUUUUACUAUUUCUAUCGACGCAAAUGAAACAAGAAAAAGGGCAGCAAUGAUAAAUGGAAGUCACACAAAUGAAGAAAUAACUGUCCGUGACUUCACAAUCUUUUCCUUUAAAACCAGUUGCUAUUCCCUGCAACUCAUGGUACCGACCAUCGAUAGGAGGUUUUUCCAAAUCAUUGAUAGACCAAUUUCCCUCAGAGUUGAUUAUACAAUAAGCAACACUACUAAUCCCCGGACGGUAAAAGCCAUUUUGAAAAGGGAUGUAACUCCAACAUUCUUUGGUCAGGCAAGGUUUGACACUGACUGCACGGGAGAUGCCGGAGUAUGUUUGUCAAAUCUGAACCUGGAAGUAAACCUUGAUAAAGGAAUAGUUCUAAUUGGAAAUGAUACCACUUUACAGAUGAAAGUAUAUCUUAAAAACUAUGGCGAGCCGUCCUUGAAAACUUUUCUUAGAAUUAAUUAUCCAGCUGCAAUCAGAUCUAAUAAAAUUGAUGUUAACCCUCCUUCGGACAUGUCUUGUUUGCCGAGAAAUAAUGGUAGUUCUAUAGAUUGUGAAAGUGAAACUACUCUUUAUCAGCGCAUGGUCAUACAACUAGACAUUUUGUUUGAAGUUUCCAAAGCAGCAAUGGAAAUUGAUUUAGGUUAUGUAUCAACACCAAGCCUCGUUUUCAAUGUGACGGCAUUUACCACCAAUGAUACUAACAUUAAUGAUAACACAGUAAUUGAAAAUAUCGAAGUGGCUGCUUUUACCAGGACAACCUUGCAAGUAUCUACCUCCGAUGAACAAAUAACCGCCACUGAGAGCAGUAUACAGUUUUCAAACACUUACCGACUCUUCAACGAAGGCCCUUGUGUCAUAGAAAAGGUGGAUAUUCAGUUUUUUAUUCCUGUCAGUACCAAAGACAAAAUCUUCAUCAAAAAAGGCGAUGUUAAGGUACAAAACAAAAACAUAAAAGAUUCUUGUAAACUGGUGUAUUACCCCAGCAAGGAUACAGGAACGACUACUCAGAACCCAGUGCCAGGAAGAAGUACGAUCCGGUACAACACAUCUGGAAUAAAUGUCAUAUCCCUGGACAGCCAGAUAGGCACUGAUCUUCACUUACAUCCCGUCCCAGAUAUUUCUGAAAAUUCUCAAUAUAUUUUCUGUGAUAGAAGAGAUGGCCCCUACAUGUGUGCAGUUGUUUUGUGUACAUUGAGUAUGGUCAAGCCUGUGGACAAGGAUAAUAGAACAUUUGUAAUACCGUUUGACAUAGUUGUGGAUGAACUACCAAAGUUACAAAAGGGGAAAUCUUUCUUUACCUUUGUUACACGUGGACAUGUGCUCCCCACCAAACAAUCAACCGUGCCGUUAGUUCUAAAGAAAAAUGUAUCCGAAGAGGUAUCUAUAUCCAUUCUUUUUCCUGACUCUUUCACACAAGAUGUGGAGAAGGUGGACUUGACAAUAAUUAUCGGAGGCAGUGUUGGAGGGCUCGUACUAUUCAUUUUGCUAGGACUGCUCUUAUGGAAGUGUGGUUUUUUCAAAAGAGAGAAAAGAAAACAGGUUGAAGAAUAUAAACGGAAAACUCGCUACAGCAUGCGGAAGAGCAGAAUGGCUUCCGUACGAAGUGCAAAAAGCGGUGCUGGGUCAAUUCGUUCUAAAGUGCCAGACGAGGAAAAAAAACUAAACCAAAAAUUUGAUGAAAUGAAUGAUGCAAAUUUCACUACAUGAUAUAGUUGUUUUUAAAUGCCAAAUCACAUUCUUCGUAACAUUUAGUGCAGGAAUUAGCAAACAAGAAGAUCCAAGCUUUACAGAAAAUGGAAUAAGCAGAGUGCAUUGCUGAAUAAAGCCCGCAGCUUAAAGAGAUACAUGUAUUCAUGCUUUCAGUAUUUUUAACUGUUAGAUGCAAUGAGUUGGAACAAACACAAUGGACAUUUGUCAAUCUCUCAUACAAUCAAUCUUUUUUGUACAUUUACUCUAUUGUUGACUUUUUACUGGACUGCCAACUACGCUUUUAAAUAAAGAAAUCAUUUUUUUUA